AUGUCCUAUCCCCUCGACAACCCGCGCCUCUCGUUCUGGCAGAACCUGGCUCAACAGCCAUACCCCGCCAAGCCUGAGGGUCUGCCAGCGCCCGACUGGGUCUUUGAGCUUUCGCUCUCGCCUUGGGUGCCGCUGCUCACUGGUGUCGUCUACCUCUUCGCCACGCACGCCACCAACCACCGAUUCGGCCCGGGCAAGGCUCAGCCUGCGGAUCUGGUCAAGCGAUCCUACGGCUUGUCACAGACGGUUCUGGGCCACAACAUCUUGCUGGCGCUCUACUCGGGCUGGACGUUCUUCCACGCAGCGACGAGGAUUGGGUCUUACCUCUUUGGCGGAGCGUAUGCCGGCGGGUUUGCAGGCCUGACCAAUGCGUACUGCACGGUGCCUAUCGCCGACGCCUCGUACGCGGGUCUUGGGCUGUACGUGUACUUGUUCUACAUCUCCAAGUACUACGAGAUCAUCGACUCGGUGAUUUUGAUUCUCAAGGGCAAGCCGGUGAGCAACCUGCAGUCGUACCACCACGCCGGCGCCAUCCUGUGCAUGUGGGCUGCUUACCGCUACUCUGCAUCGGCCGUGUUCAUCUUCCUGCUGUUCAACUCGCUUGUGCACACGCUCAUGUACACCUACUACUCGAUGACGGCCAUGAGGCUGCCCUUCACCGGCGGUCUCAAGAGGAGCAUGACCACGAUCCAGAUCACGCAGCUUGUGGUGGGCAUCAACCUCGCCGCCGCGUACUUGUGGGUCAAGUACGACCCGGCCGCCUACCCUGCCGGCGCAGUGCCCACGCCUGGGCGCCACGUGCUCAACCCGGCCACUGCCGCGCUGGCAUCGUUUGGCUCGGCGUCCAACAGCACCGCGUCCAAGUGGCUGCCGACAACGAGCACACAGGCGCUCCAGCUGCUCAAGCAGACCAUCCUCGCCAGCGUUGGCGCAAACAGCAAGACCUCGUGCGUGCUCUCUUCGGGCGAGCUCUUCGCCGUCCUCCUCAACGUUGCCUACCUCAUCCCGCUCAUCUAUCUGUUCGUCAGCUUCUACGUCCGUAGCUACCAGAAGAAGGCGGCCAAGAAGGGAGCCAAGGCUCAGUAA